GCCGCCCGCCGCUCACCUGGCUGGGCCGCGGGCCCCGGGAGGCGGGGGCCCCGGCGGGAGCGGAGCCGAGGAAGAGGGCGGAGCGGCUCUCGGGGCGCGUCAUCGGAGCACCAUGGCGGAGCAGGGAGCUGGCGGCGACGGCGGCCACAGGGGCGGCGACGGCGCUGCGCACAGCGACCCAGUGCCUGAUGGCUGUAAAGUACAAGAAAAGAAAACUCCCAGCCGCCCCGCUUCUACAGUUUCAGGACAAAAUAGCAACCACUCAGGAAAUAAGCCAGACCCUCCGCCUGUGCUUCGGGUUGAUGACCGGCAGCGCCUGGCCCGAGAACGCCGUGAGGAACGGGAAAAGCAGCUAGCUGCACGAGAGAUCGUCUGGCUGGAAAGAGAAGAGCGAGCCCGGCAGCACUAUGAACGGCACCUGGAAGCCCGGAAGAAGAAGCUGGAGGACCAGCGGCUGAAGGAAGAGCGGAGGAGGGCUGCAGUGGAGGAGAAGCGAAGGCAGAGGCUGGAGGAGGACAAGGAACGCCAUGAAGCUGUUGUACGACGGACGAUGGAAAGGAGCCAGAAGCCAAAGCAGAAAUAUAACCGGUGGUCGUGGGGAGCCCCUCUCCACGGGAGCCCCAACAUCCACAGCGCAGAUCCCGACAGGCGGUCAGUCUCCACCAUGAAUCUUUCGAAACAUGUUGAUCCUGUCAUUAGCAAGCGGCUGUCCUCCUCAUCUGCAACUUUGCUAAAUUCUCCAGAUAGAGCUCGCCGUCUGCAGCUCAGUCCCUGGGAGAGCAGCGUUGUAAACAGACUGCUGACGCCCACACAUUCGUUCCUGGCCAGAAGUAAAAGCACAGCUGCCUUGUCUGGAGACACAGCAUCUUGCAGCCCCAUCAUCAUGCCCUUCAAAGCUGCACACUCUAGAAACGCAGUGGAUCGGCCAAAACUCUUUGUAACACCACCCGAGGGCUCUGCACGAAGGAAGACCAUUCACGGAAUAGCGAGCCAUAAAAGAGAUCGAGAAAGAGAACACACCUCCUUCCACUUUUCCUCUGGCUUCCGAAGAACUCUGUCUCCAUCUAAUCCCAAAGCAAGAUCACCAGCUCCGGCCCGCCUUUGGCUUCCAUCCAAAUCCAUGCCUCAUUUGCCUGGCACACCUCGACCAGCAUCCUCCUUGCCUCCUGGCUCAGUCAAAGCUACUUCUACUCAGGCCCGUCCCUCUUCCCCUGGCAACAUCCGCCCUGUCAAGAGAGAAGUCAAGGUGGAGCCUGAGAAGAAAGACCCCGAGAAGAAAGUUGCCAGUGAGCCUUCAGUAAAGAGCAGAGCACCCCUAGGGAAGGUAGAGGAAGUCACAGCUGAAGAGGGGACACCCGUGGAGCCAACUGACCCUGCUGUUCCGGUCCCGACCCCUGCUCCAGCUCCGGACCUGGCCCCGGUCUCAACACCGUCAUCCACUGUGGCCGUUGGUGCUGUGCCUAAGGCUUCUGCGGGCACCACUGACCCAGAAGAGGCUACGAGGCUGCUGGCUGAGAAGAGGCGGCUAGCCAGAGAGCAGAGGGAGAAGGAGGAGAGGGAGAGGAGGGAGAAGGAAGAGCUGGAGAGACAAAAGAUAGAGGAAUUGGCCCGAAGGAUGGCUGAGGAGCGCAGUCGCCGGGAAGAAGAGUCCCGCAGGCUGGAAGCGGAGCAGGCGCGGGAGAAAGAAGAACUCGCACUGACGCUGGCUGCAGAGGAGCGGGAGCGGUGCGAGAGGGAGGAGGCAGAGCGCAUGCAGAAGCAGAAAGAAGAAGAAGCCCGAGCCCGUGAGGAGGCGGAGAGGGCCCGGCAGGAGCGGGAGAAGCAUUUCCAGAAAGAAGAGCAGGAGCGCCUGGAGAGGAAGAAGAGACUUGAAGAGAUUAUGAGGAGAACCCGGAGGACAGAGACGGCAGACAAGAAAACCACUGAACAAAGAAACGGUGACGUAACCAAGGGCGUUCUCACUGGAGAGACAGAGGUGUCUGCCCUACCGUGUAUGAACUCUCCAGGACAUGGAGAGUCUGCAGACAGCCCACGUGGUGUCACCUUACAGCAAUCAGAAGUGACCACAGAGAGUUCUCCGAUUUCGGAAAAACAGCCAAAUGAAAAUGGAAUGUCCGUGCAAAAUGAAAACUUUGAAGAAAUUAUAAACUUACCUGUUGGCUCAAGGGCAUCCAGAUUAGAUGUCACCAACAAUGAGAACCCAGAAAUUCCUUUGAAACCAAUUUUGGCCUUUAAUGAUGAAGGGACGCUUGGGCCCCUACCUCAGGUAGAUGGUGUGCAGACACAACAGACCGCAGAAGUUAUAUGAACAUUUCCUCUGAAGAACCAAAGCAAACAUUUUCUACAAUUAAUGGAAUUUCAGGCUCCAAAGGAACACCUCCUUCCAGUUUUCUAAAGAGUUCUCAACCAUGAUUUUGAAAAGACUUAUUAAAGCCAGCUAAAGACAACA